UUAUAUUAAGGAAGUGUACACAACUGAGAGUAGUCUUUCAUCCAAUAAACUAUCUUCGUCUGCUGAAAUUUCCUUUGAUAAUCUUCUUCCUCUCAAGCUCGAUCUUCAAUCCAUGGUCACAGAGGAUGAUGAAAUGGAUCAUGGAUGGCCUCUAGGACUUGAGAUUAUGAAUUUACGGCUUAGACUGGGGGAGAGCUUACCCGCUGCUGCUAUUAGACACCAUGUACCUUCUACUAGUUUCACCUCAUUUUCAUCUUCAAACCUUGACACUGAGUCUACAGCAUCCUUCUUCCAAGACCACAGCAUGUCACUAGGCCGGCUAAUUGGGAUCCGAACGAACGAUAGAGGGCGCUUGUACUACUCGAAUGCAGCUAGAUUUGAAGAACAUGACAGGGUCUCUCUAAGAGCUAGUUCGCGAAAUUCUGAUGUUUCCAGAAGACAUCAAGUAGACAUGUCUAAAGGGAUUUGCUUACCACUCCUGCUUGGUGCUCUUGUAAAGAUAAGCAGGAGCAAGAACAAGUCUAAGAAGCCAAGGCUUGACGGCAAACACUAAUAAUAACACUUUCUGUAGAAAAUGAGUUGCUCAUUGUGACUCCUGCAAAGUUCACAGUUGACAUGUUGAUAAUUGAGAUCAUUGUUGUACU